AUGUCCGACGACGCCCUCUUCACGCUGCAGUCGCACUUCCAUCGCGGCGCCUACGUCUCUGCGCUCUCCCUCGCCUCCUCCUCCGACGCCUCGCUCUCCUCUUCCCCUCGCGCAGCCCUCUACGGCGCCCGAGCCGCGCUGGCGCUCAAUGACGUCUCCAGUGCCCUCUCUCUCCUCUCCUCCUCGCCCCCCAGCUCCGCAGCCAAGGCACUCCGCUCCCUCGUGCGCUUCACCCAGGCCAAUCAGCUCGCCGAUGAAGGCGCAAUGGAGAGCGCGAUUGGCGAGAUGGAGCAGAUCAAGGAUGAAGUAGUGGUGGGCGAGCCGGAGGAAUAUGUAGUCGACAUCGCCCUCGCCACGGCCCUGGCACAGGUGCAGCGCUACGAAGAGGCACUCAUUCAUCUGGGCGUCGGAGAGGGACGCAAGGAGAUCGAGUGGUGCGUAUUUCGCGAGAGGGCGUGGCUGCGCACGGCAUUGGCAGCAAACAUUCUGCUGCGCAUCCAUCGCGCCGACUUGGCACAGAAGGAAUAUGCCGCCGCUCGGCAAUGGGCAGAUGACUCGCUUCUCAUCCAAUUGAUCGAAGCCUACCUGGGCCUGACGUCGGGCGGGCGUGCCGCUCAGCAGGCCUACUACGUGUACGACGAACUGGCGGCGGACCCGGCAUACGUCGCCAGCGCCACGGCCGUGCCGGCACUCGUGGGCAAGGCCGUCGCCAUGCUCGUGCAGGGCGAUCGCAAGGGCGCAGCAGAGACGCUGAUGCUGGCCAAGGGCUUGCUGCGCGCCGCCGCGCCCACGCACGAGCUGCUGGCGCGGCACGAUGCGGCAAACGAGGCGUUUGACGCGGCCCUCUUGCGGCGCGAGGUCGAGGGCGUUUCGCUCGGCGCUUGA